AUGGCCCGUCUCUUGGUAGAGAAGCUCGAGUUUGACGCUCCAGAAAUUCGAGAAAUCAGCAAUCCCGGCUCAAGAGAACGGCGUGCAAGCAAUGCGGAAACCAGAGUGCCUAACCGGAGAGUCUACGUGGCAGCUGGUCAGGUUGCUGUUGCGCAGCAGAUCUUGCAGGAAGCAUGCAACGAAGUGGGGGAGACUUCUAAGGAGUGUACGUUUGAGUCGACGCGGCUGAAGCUGUACCGGCUCCCUGCAGACUGGAUAGACCUGAACGGCGAUGCGCUGAGCGGCUUCAGCGAGUCUUCCGCUGCGCCCGGGCUGGUUCUCCGCACAUCGCCAAUCGGACAAGCAAAGGCGUUCCUUCGAUUUGCACCCCAGGUGCAAACCGCUCAUUCCGUCGACAUACGCCUGCUCCGGCGCCGCGGCUGCUGCCUGCUACCAUACGAACGGGCGGAACUACGAAGGCUGGCCGGGAGAGAGCGGAAAGAGAGAGACGCAUCUCUUGUGCGGAUAACUCUCCCCAGCCAAGCCGCACUGGCCGCCUUCAGUGACCUCAUCACGCUGUUCAACCACGAAGAUCGGACGGUCGAGAAGGCGGCUCUUCUUCCGUCCGGCGUCCGAAUACCCUGCGCCGAGCGGUACUGCGAAUGCCCAUUAACGGCCUUCUGCGAGGAGACUGUGAGAACGGUUGCUGCGGCGUGUUCCAUUCAGGCCGCCUGGCGCGCCGUCCGCGGCCGCGCGCGCCUCCCGGUCAGCCUCCACCGGCAAGUUCUGGAGCGCCGCGCGGCGGUGUGCGUGCAGCGCUACUGGCGCGCGUUUCUGCUGCGCGCGCGUUGCGCGCUGCUGCGCCAGCUGCGCGAGGUCGCCGCGCAGGCCGCGCACGAGACGCUGGCGAUGAGCCUCGCGGAGCACGCGCGCAUGCUCAGGUGGAUGUUUGUUGUCUUCUUCUGA